AGAAUCUGUGAAGUGUGAUGAGAAUAACGAGAAUUUAGAAUAUAUUUUUGUGUGCGUUGCGUUCACCGAGGGUGCAUCGAGGUUUCUACAAAUUACUUGAAGACACGUAUACUUGCCGGAUUUAUUGACUCAUUUGUUAUUGUUCUUUGAAAUCCUCGUUACAUUGUGAAACAGUUCAUUGCGACAGUUUUACUGUGAGAGCAACAAAAUGUCUGAAUUUAAAGAUUGGUUUAACAGUAUUCCAUUCUUCACUAGAUACUGGUUGGCUUGUACGAUAGGUUUAAGUCUUAUCGGACGGUUUGGGUUGCUCAAUAAUGCUUACUUUAUUUUGGACUACUACCCAUUCAUACACCAGUUUCAGAUAUGGAGACCACUCACAGCUCUAUUCUACUACCCAAUUACUCCAGGCACUGGUUUCCACUUCCUGAUAAACUGCUACUUCCUGUACCAGUACUCCCAGAGGCUAGAGAUGAGCAUAUUUGCUGGCAAGCCUGCUGAUUACUUCUACAUGCUCUUGUUUAAUUGGGUUUGCUGUGUAAUCGUUGGAUUGAUGGUUAAUUUGAUUGUAUUAAUGGACCCCAUGGUGCUAUCAGUGCUGUACGUAUGGUGCCAACUCAACAAGGAUGUCAUUGUGUCAUUCUGGUUUGGCAGCCGUUUUAAGGCCAUGUAUCUGCCCUGGGUCCUUUUGGCAUUCAACCUUGUGAUUAGUGGAGGUGGAGUGGUGGAGCUAUUGGGUAUCAUGAUUGGCCACAUCUGUUUCUUCCUGCUGUUCAAAUACCCUCAGGAGUUUGGAGGACCAGCUCUUCUUACACCACCUGCUUUUCUUAAACGUAUCUUCCCGGACACGCGGUACGUUGGCGGAUUUGGCACAGCGCCUCAAGCGAGAGUACCCACGGGUGGUGGCGCUGUGUUCGGUGGUCACAACUGGGGCCGCGGACACACGCUCGGCGGCAACUGAGAUGUGUACCCAAAGUGGACUUAAUGUGUAUAUGAACUUGGACUUAUGACAGUGCAGUGCUGUUGAUACUGUGCUCUGUAGACCCCAGCUGCCCUAGCACGACCAGCAAGGCUGUGUUAAGACAUCCCACAUUGUGGCUAAUUCUGUUGUGCACAUAUUAUAUUGUACAUACCAUGAUCAAUUUGCUGACUUUUUUCAUCAUGGUAUGUACCCAAUAUCUACCAUUAAAUAGCUUAAAAUCAUCUGUUGUGCACAAUGUCUAAAAUAAUAGGUCUAAACAUAUUGCUAUCCCUUUCAUAAAGAUUGCUGCAGAAAAGGAUAGCACUAGAUUUAGACCAUAGAGUAUUUUAGGGAUUCUGUACAACAGAAUUAGUCACAUUGUUAUUUGUAUCCUAUUAAUUACGAGAUUGAGAUCUCUUAAAUGAAUUUUAAAGUUUAAAGUGUGGCUCAUAAAAGUCACAG